AGCCACAACAUAACAUAAAUUCUCCUUCAUCUCUGUGUGAUCGAUCUCCUCUUCCAUUCGUAUUUUCUUUCUUUUCGAUGUCUCAUUCAACCUACAAACACAGAUUUCAGUGUUCACCAAAAUCAAUGGAUAAAAUUGUUGGUGUCGGUUUCCGUCCUACGGAACAAGAGCUCGUCGAUUUCUACCUCAAACACAAGUUGCUGGCUGAUGAUUCCGGUGUCGACGUUAUCCCUGUCAUUGAUCUCUGCCAAGUAGAACCUUCCGAUGUACCAGGGAUGCUUGCAAAAUCACGGAUACGAUUUGGUAACCCAGACUGGUUUUUCUUUAGUCCGGUCGAUUUCAAGUAUGCAAACAGUAAAAGGGUUAACAGGAAAACAGAGAAAGGAUUCUGGAAAGCCACUGGAAAAGACCGUGAUAUUAGGAGCUGGAACAACAACACACUGAUUGCCACAAAGAAGACUCUUGUAUACUACACAGGAAGUGUUUCCUGUGGUGUCAAGUCCAUCUGGGUUAUUCACGAAUAUCACGCUGUUACCUUUCAUGAAAGCAAGAGGUAUUUUGUUUUAUGCCGCUUGAUGAGGAAAUCUGGGAAAACAACUGAAGGGGGAACCGAUCCAGUAGUCUGUGGUGAAGAGGAGCCCAGUGAACUCAAUGUUUCUGACUACGAAAAUCAGGCAACAUCUAAAGAAAUUCCAUCUGGAGGUAAGGUUACAGGAGCGGAACCAAUCUUUCAGGCUAACUCUCAGUCAGAGACAUACGUCUCCCAAAUACCACAGUCUUCAACAGAAGAAGCAUCAUCUUUUCCUGAUUAUCCAUCAAACAAUGCCUAUUUUAGAAAUGAAAAUUGUUUUAUACAAUUUUCAUCUAAAAUUACAAAGGAAGAUGAGUUUCUAAAUCGAAUUAUAGCUGACGAAAAUUUAGAUAUUGACGAAGAUAAUAUCUAUACUUUUGUCAAUAAUUCCAUCCGAAAGGAUACAAAUAUUAUGGAUAGUUCGUCUAUUUAUAAUGAAUAUUCUAAUAAUGAGGAAUACCAUUCAUCAAAAAGAUUUAAAUUAUCCGAAGAUGUUAUCGAUGAUGCAUCAUCAAAUCAAGAAACAAAGAAGAGUAUGAUUUUAGAUAAUUUUUGUGGAAUGGAAUCAUCUUCUUGUGACUCAGCUUUAGAGAUUAAUUAUAUCGAAACUUCUAGUUCUCAGUCUAUUUCAUAAAGAAAAAAGUGAUCAAAUAUGAUAUCAUCCAUCUAUAAGUUACUCUUAUCAAUGUAUGUAGAUAGCUGUUGGCUGUUAUGUAUGAGCAUUAUAUUUGUGAUAUGUAAACAAUAAGGUAUGUAGUUUACUUCAUUUUCUGGACAAAGAACAGACUGUUGUCCUUGACAUAGGAAAAUGUAUUGGUUUAUCGAUGUAUUGUGUGCAAUUUCAGAGUUGAAUUAUA